AUGAUACAACUGAUAUGGAACUGUCAAGGGUUGGGGACUGCCUUGACAGUUCAGAUUUUGAGGGGGAUGAUUCACUCCCACAAUCCCUCUGUGGUUUUCUUGAUGGAGACCAAGCAGAAUUGCCACAGAAUGAAUCAACUACGCAUGAGGUUGGGGUAUCAGCAAGGGUUUAAUGUGGACCCUAUUGGUUUGGCAGGGGGUCUUAGCUUAUGGUGGAAACCAAAUGUCUCUGUUCAAAUUAUCUCUGCAUCAAAAAACCUGAUUGAUACUGCAAUAUUGGGUGAUCAAACAGGAAUCCAAAUGCGAUGCUCCUAUUUCUAUGGCCCUCCUUACAGGGAGGAAAAAGAGUCUUUUUGGUUUGGAGUCUCAAACCUGGGGGUUGAUGUCAGUGUGCCAUGGGUGUGUGUUGGUGAUUUUAACGAAAUGAUAUGGCACCAUGAAAAGCUAGGUGGUGCUCCUUGGUGCAACUCUCGUGUCAGAUAUCUCAGAAAUUUUCUAAAUGAUCAUGAGCUUAUUGAUCUUGGUCAUGUGGGUCAAAAUUUUACAUGGGCAAGAGUGGACGACGGGGUUAUCUCCAUUCAGGAAAGACUUGAUCGCGCUCUUGUCAACACAAAUUGGAUGGAUUUUUGGCCAAAUUCGAGGGUGGUCCACAUGCCCAAAGUGGGAUCCGACCACUGCCCCCUUAUUUUUGAAUGCGUUCCACCUUCCAAUUGUGCUCGCCGACUUUUCAAGUUUGAAUUAGCUUGGGCUGAAAACCCUGAAUGCGUGGAGAUUGUUAGUGGGGGCUGGCGUGAGGGACGGGGUCGGUCACUGAGGUCACGUAUCCUGUGUUUAAACGAUGGCGAUCGCAAUACCAAAUUUUUCCAUACAUCUACGACUAUUAGACGUAAUCGCAACCGCAUUACUAGAAUUUUGGGUGAUGAUGGCACUUUGUACGAAAAACAAGAAGAUGUUGAAAGAGUUUUCAGGGACUACUUUUUAAAGCUAUUUGCCUCCGAUGGCAGCCGUACAUGGAAUGGUGUUUUGGAUUGUAUUCAUCCUAUUGUUGAUGAUGACUGGAACCGUGAUCUAUGUAGACCUAUCGAGUAUGAUGAGGUUAAAGACGCAGUUGUCCAACUUGGCUCUCUCAAAGCCCCUGGUCCCGAUGGGUUUCCGGGCCUUUUCUAUCAGAAGUUCUGGGAGGAGGUCAAAGACGUCAUUGUGGGUACUGCAAUGAGUUACUCUGAAAGCUGGGAGGCUGUACAUGAUUUUAACCAUACAAAUAUUGCUAUAAUCCCAAAAGUUCGGGACCCGGAGCUUCCAUCUCAGUACCGACCUAUUAGCCUCUGUAAUAAUGCUUACAAAAUCCUUUCGAAGAUCCUGGCAAAUCGUCUAAAGGUUGUUCUUCCUCAUCUCAUAUCCCAUCAACAGAAUGCAUUCAUACCGGGGAGACAAAUCCAGGAUAACAUCCUUGUUGCUCAUGAGGUUUUUCACUAUCUCCGUCUAAAGCGGAGGGGUAAGGUGGGAGAACUUGGGCUAAAACUGGAUAUGGAAAAAGCCUAUGAUCGUGUUGAGUGGGAUUUUCUUGAAGCCACAAUGAAAAAAUUGGGUUUCCGGAACUGUUGGAUUAAUAUGGUCAUGAGAUGUGUAACUUCGGUGUCUUUCUCUGUGGUUAUUAAUGGCAAACCGGGUCGUUCCUUUGUUCCCUCACGUGGUCUUCGUCAAGGGGAUCCACUUUCUCCCUACCUUUUCAUUUUGAUCAGUGAGGUUCUCUCUCGUAAUGUGGAGGAUGCCGUGAGACGUGGCUGUCUGCAUGGGGUACGUCUCUGUCGGAGCGGCCCAACUAUAUCCCACCUUUUAUUUGCCGAUGAUUCUCUUUUCUUCAUCCAGGCUACAACUCAAAACUGUAGUGUUUUAAAAAAGAUUGUCGAUGACUACUGUUUGGCGUCUGGCCAAAAGCUCAAUACGGAUAAAUCGUCCUUAUACUUUAGCCCAAAUGUCACUGACUCUCUUGCGGGGGAAAUCUGCUUCACAUUGGGGAUGUCUUCUACUCUUGACCCUGGCUCUUAUCUGGGUCUGCCAUCAAUUUGGGGGAGAUCAAAAACCGCUGCCCUAAACUUCAUUGUCGAUCGCAUACAGAAGAGAGUUCAAGGAUGGAAAUCACAGCUAUUAAAUCCUGCCGGCAAGGAGGUCUUGAUAAAGGCCGUGGCUUUGGCAGUGCCAACGUACCCGAUGUCUUGUUUUCGAUUCCCCGCAACCACUUGCAAACAAUUUAAUGGUAUUCUUAGUAAUUUCUGGUGGAGUAAUGGUGACACCAAAGCUCAUAUUCACUGGAAGAGAUGGGAGCUUUUAUGUCUUUCAAAGGACAAGGGUGGCUUGGGUUUUAGAGAUCUUGAGAAUUUUAAUCUUUCUCUCCUGGCUAAACAGUGUUGGCGUAUUUGGCAUAAUCCUGAUGCUUUCUGGGUUUGUGUCUUGAGAGCCAAGUAUUUCCCUGAUGGUGAUUUCCUUAAAGCAAGAAGGGGGCCUUGUCCUUCUUGGGCAUGGGCUAGCUUACUGGAUGGUCGUAAGAUUAUGUCUGAUGGUGCCAUAUGGCAGAUUGGCAAUGGGUUGAAAGUGAAGAUAUGGAGCGAUAACUGGCUGCACCACAACUCCAUCCUACGCCCAAAACCAAUCAUCACCGACUCCGGCUCUAUACCAACUUUCGUGAAUGAACUCAUUGAUCGGGACCUGAGAGAUUGGAAUUUGGCAGGCAUCUCAAAUGUUAUUGAGCCCUCUGUGGCAAAAUUAAUCCGUGCCAUUCCUCUCUGUAAUCUUACUCGCGAGGAUUCUCUGAUUUGGCCUUGGAAUAAGGAUGGAACUUUUUCUGUUCGUAGUGGUUACCAUUGGGCUAUGGAUAAUUUGGUGGCAGUGUGCACUGUGCCGGAUCAUCACUCCCACCAAAUUGAUAAAAAGUUAUGGAAUACAAUUUGGAGCAUGAAAGUCCUCCCAAAGAUCAAACUUUUCUUUUGGAGGGCUAUGACCAAUUCCCUGCCGACUCUAAAAAACCUGUUUCAUCGCAGAGCUAGGACCUCUCCGGGGUGUACUCUUUGCAAUUCGGGGGACGAGUCAGCUGAACAUGCGAUUCUUUUGUGUCCUUGGAGUGCUUGUGUUUGGUUUGGGAUCCCCUUAAACUACUGUGUAAAUGUCCAAAGCGUGACUUCUCUUGACAGAUGGCUUUUGGGAGUUACUGAUUUUUUGGAUCUGUGUGAAGGAAGGAAAAAGGUGACUCUUGCUUUGGUGGGUAUCACAUGUUGGGAGAUUUGGAAAGAAAGAUGCUCUGCUCUUUUUGAAAGUCGUUCCCCUUGUCCCCACUCUGUUAUCCGAAGAGUUAUUUCCUUAUGGGGAGAACUUUGUCCAUCCCCUGGUGUUACUGCUAGUUCCACUCCCCCUGUUUCUCCCCCCCAUGCUCUCUGGAGGGCUCCUCCCCUUCCAUAUGUUAAGGUUAAUGUGGAUGGAGCUUGGAAAAAGGAAUCACUGCAGGGUGGUAUGGGUUGUUGUUUACGUGACUCUGAGGGCAGAAUGUUGGCUGGUAUGAGUAAAGCUACUCUCCGGAACUCUGCAGUUGAAGUGGAAGCGGAAGCUGUUUUGGAAGGACUAAUAUUGGCCAAAGAGAAAAACUGUCAGAAAAUCAUUCUUGAAAGCGAUUCCAUGGAUGUUGUCUCUUGUAUGAGAAACGAAAAUCUGCGCGGCAACUGGAGAAUCAUCCCACUUAUCUUGGAGAUCAGGAGGCUCUCUUCAUGGUUUACCUCGGUCAAAUGGGAAUGGGUAUCUCGCCAAGCAAAUCAAGCUGCGCAUGCUGCUGCAGCACUAUCAAACAUGAGGGUGCGAACUAUGCGUUGGGCUUCACAGCCUCCUCCCUCAUUGGUUCAGGUAUUGGCAAAGGAUGGUUUGCCUUGCCCCCCUAGUAUUUAA